GCCUUUAGCUUUCUAUUGGCAUAUAUCUCGACAUUCCCGCUACCUCGAACCCGUUGGCUUAAUGUCACAGCCAGAUCUGUCGCAAUAUAGCCUGAGUGAAGAAGUUCCUCUGCCACCAGCACAAGAGAUCAGGCCCGGAGACACGUAUCAGAUAGACUCCGAGGAAUACGAUUCCGAUCAAGAACGCGAUAAUUUGUCUGAUGGAGAAUAUGAUAAAUUAGUUGAAGAAGCGGAGAAUGGAUACACUGAUGAAGAGAUGGAUCAAUAUACCCGCCAGCUCAAAGAGAAUGGCAUCGUAAAUUUCUUGAGAAGCUAUCUAACGUUAACAGAGGACGGUGAGAUGCGAUCGCUUCGAAAAUUGUUAUUAGGUUUUGGUCUUGUUCCUCCGCUUUCUCUUCGGUCUCCCGAAAUUCCCGAUAUUCAAUUACUCCCCUUUGCCAAAGUUGCCCUUUCCAGAAUUUUGCGCAGACGUGAACGUCUUCGAGACAUCUCGUCUUUAGAUGAUGCUGUCUCCUUACUAGCCAAGUCUAAGAAGAUCAUUGUGCUCUCUGGGGCAGGAAUCUCGACUUCUUGCGGUAUACCCGACUUUCGUUCAAGUACCGGUCUGUACGCCCAGCUACAGGAAGAGGGAAAAUAUGAGCUGGACGACCCGCAACAGAUGUUUGACAUCAGAUACUUUAGAGAAAAGCCAGAGGUUUUCUACUCCUUCGCCAAGCAAAUCUAUCCCAGUAACUUUGUCCCCAGCCCUUGUCAUAGAUGGAUCAAGAUGUUAGAAGAUCGAGGUGUUCUUUUGAGGAACUAUACACAAAACAUAGAUACUUUAGAAAGCUUGGCAGGCGUGGAGAGAGUUUUGCAGUGUCACGGUUCCUUCAAGACUGCUUCUUGCCUUCGUUGUAAACAACGAGUGCCAGGUCGGACUAUAGAACCGUACAUAAUGUCCCAGCAAAUUCCGUACUGCGGCACUUGCCGUGAAAUAUGUGCUGCUGAGCGAGAGGCAAGAAGAGCCUAUAGAGAAAAGUUGAAAAAGUUGAAAGCGAGGACUAAAGGGAAGGGUAAAGCGGAUGAGUGGGAUGAUGGCGACGACGAUGACGAUGAUGAGAGUGCAGAUGAAUGGGGAGGAGGUGAACCCGGUAUCAUCAAGCCAGAUAUAACCUUUUUCGGCCAGGCACUCGAUUCAGAGUUUGAUGAAUGUCUAUUUAAAGAUCGCGAAGAGGUGGACUUGCUUGUUGUUAUAGGUACCAGUUUGAAGGUGGCGCCAGUGAGCGAAGUACUCACACACAUACCGCAUUCUGUACCACAAAUAUUCAUCAAUCUCACUCCCGUGUACCAUGUACAACCAGACGUAUCUCUCCUGGGCGAUGCCGACAGCAUAGUGACCUAUCUUUCCAGUAGACUAGGCUGGCCGAUCCCUCCUCCGACAGUACUUCCUACGCCACCGUCUGCCGUUGGCGAGGGCAAGAGUGAGGACACAGCUCCUGCAGGCCAAAAGGAUGAAAUCAAGGUCGAGCGCGCUACUCAUGUGGUGAUCCCCCCCGAAGAAGCACAGUGGCUCACCGUCGAUGAAGAACGCCAUUUCCACCUUCUCCGCCGAAAAGGUGAUCCCGCCAUCCAGGCCGAGACCACCGUCGUCCCUCCAGUCGUCCCAUCCUCUCCAAAGCCCGAACAUUCUCCCCAACCUCGACCUCAAUACACCGACGACUCGGCCAAACAACCGUCUUCUCCACCUCCGGUCCCUAUGCACGUAGGCGAGGCAGAGGAAGGCUACGUCUCCGAUGAAGAAGACGAAGCUGAUGAACCGCCUAGAAAGCGAUCAAAAGUGGUGGAUAGCCUGCUUGGGAAUGCAAGUUGGUGAGGACUUGUUUCAGGUCCAAUUUAAAAUUGCUCUUUUCUCGUGGGGGUCUGCCGUUGGGUUGCUUGGUGUUGCUAAUGUUAAUGUUGUCAAAUGUUGUCUAGAGAAGCCGAUGUUUGAUUUAAACGACGGCCAUUGUAAUCAUUUCCCCCAAAGACACGUUUUUUUUCUUCUUCUUUGGUAUGUUGUGUAAACGGCUGUAAAUCAUGCACGGUAUGU